GAGCUCCCACGCUGCUGUUCCUCUUCCAUUUUCAGCUUUUAAAGAACACCCGCCCCUUCGAACCACCGAGGUCAUGGGCGAAUACACCGGAGCGCAGCACCGCGCCCCUCCUGCCCGCCUCCGCGCCCUUGCCCAGACCGAGGCGGCCGACGCGCCUGCGUGCGCGCUAGGUAUAAAUAGGUCCCAGGAGGCAGCCACUGGGCAGAACCGGGCUGCGGGAGCCGCGGGCCAUGGCGGGCGAGAACCACCAGUGGCAGGGCAGCAUCCUCUACAACAUGCUUAUGAGCGCGAAGCAAACGCGCGCGGCUCCUGAGGCUCCAGAGACGCGGCUGGUGGAUCAGUGCUGGGGCUGUUCGUGCGGCGAUGAGCCCGGGGUGGGCAGAGAGGGGCUGCUGGGCGGGCGGAACGUGUCGCUCCUGUACCGCUGCUGCUUUUGCGGUAAAGACCACCCACGGCAGGGCAGCAUCCUCUACAGCAUGCUCACGAGCGCAAAGCAAACGUACGCGGCACCGAAGGCGCCCGAGGCGACGCUGGGUCCGUGCUGGGGCUGUUCGUGCGGCUCUGAUCCCGGGGUGGGCAGAGCGGGGCUUCCGGGUGGGCGGCCCGUGGCACUCCUGUACCGCUGCUGCUUUUGUGGUGAAGACCACCCGCGGCAGGGCAGCAUCCUCUACAGCUUGCUCACUAGCGCAAAGCAAACGCACGUGGCUCCGGCAGCGCCCGAGGCACGGCCAGUGGGCGCGUGGUGGGACCGCUCCUACUUCGCGCAGAGGCCAGGGGGUAGAGAGGCGCUACCAGGCGGGCGGGCCAUGGGGCUUCUGUACCGCUGCUGCUUUUGCGGUGAAGACCACCCGCAGCAGGGCAGCACCCUCUACUGCAUGCCCACGAGCACAAAUCAAGUGCAGGCGGCUCCGGAGGAGCGGCCGAGGGCCCCCUGGUGGGACACCUCCUCUGGUGCGCUGCGGCCAGUGGCGCUCAAGAGUCCACAGGUGGUCUGCGAGGCAGCCUCAGCUGGCCUGUUGAAGACGCUGCGCUUCGUCAAGUACUUGCCCUGCUUCCAGGUGCUGCCCCUGGACCAGCAGCUGGUGCUGGUGCGCAACUGCUGGGCGUCCCUGCUCAUGCUUGAGCUGGCCCAGGACCGCUUGCAGUUCGAGACUGUAGAAGUCUCAGAGCCCAGCAUGCUGCAGAAGAUCCUCACCACCAGGCGGCGGGAGACCGGGGGCGACGAGCCACUGCCCGUGUCCACGCUGCAGCCCCAUUUGGCACCGCCGGCGGAGGCCAGGAAGGUGCCCUCCGCCUCCCAGGUCCAAGCCAUCAAGUGCUUUCUUUCCAAGUGCUGGAGUCUGAACAUCAGUACCAAGGAGUACGCCUACCUCAAGGGGACCGUGCUCUUUAACCCGGACGUGCCGGGCCUGCAGUGCGUGAAGUACAUUCAGGGACUCCAGUGGGGAACUCAGCAGAUACUCAGUGAACACGCCAGGAUGACGCACCAAGGGCCCCAUGACAGAUUCAUCGAACUGAAUAGUACCCUUUUCCUGCUGAGAUUCAUCAAUGCCAAUGUCAUUGCUGAACUGUUCUUCAGGCCCAUCAUUGGCACAGUCAGCAUGGAUGAUAUGAUGCUGGAAAUGCUUUGUACAAAGUUGUAAAGGCCUGUGGGCCACACAAAUGCAGUAGUGCAGUUCACCAUGAGGGAAGAAUAAAGAGCUGUGGGCAAAAGAGUGUAAAAUAUUUUAAAAUAAACUUUCUUAUUAUUUUUA